AGGACCCUGUUCGUUGUGAUCCCCCACCCCCGUUCUAUGAAAUUGAAAGUGCAGCUUGCGCAUCCUUUUGAUUUUUUGGCUUGUUUCAAUCUCGUCAUGAAUUGGUAUUCGGAAAGUACAGUUUCUCAACAUAAAUCGCAAAAAUGAAGAUGUCUCUUCCGCGUUUUACCAAUAAAGAAAAGGAUGUUGAUGUCGUCAUUGUCGGGACCGGAUUGCCGCAGUGCAUUCUUGCUGCAGCUCUGGGCCGUGCAGGAAAAUCAGUCCUUCAUCUCGACCCCAACUGUGUCUAUGGUGGAGCUUAUUCAUCGUUGAAUCUGCGACAACUCGAGGCCUGGGCUACAGACGAUAAGCCUUUACAAUGUGGCGAGAGUUGGGGACAACAAAAACCCGCUUACAGAUACGAUAUUGCGUAUUUGCCAACCAGUAGUUGUACAAAAUGUGCCACCGAUGAAGAUGUAGUUGAAGGUGGUAGUAAAUCUGAAGAAAAAGAGAAGCAGCAAUGCGGCAUCGAGUCGUCGCCAGCACCCACGGAAUCUACGGAUGCUGGGCAAACACCGGAGCAGCAUGAAAAAAGCAGCACAUCGUUUUCGGAAGAGACACCUACUGCAACGCCAGAGGAUGCAGUUAAAACAAGAGAAGACGAAGAUGCCACGGCCACCAGGAACGAAGAAAAGUCAGAAGAACAUGUGACGUUCUCAUCCACCUGCGCGAUGGAUCAUAGUACCAGUCGUGUGUUCGUCAAUCGGAAAUUCGACUACAAUCCCUAUGGCCACUGUGGUUCGUCCACUCCAGAAGACGAAGGGGUAGGGAAAGAAGACACACCAGAUGAAGCUGCUAUAAAAGAGUUAAAAGCGAAGGGUACCAGAUUUAGCUUGGAUGUGAUACCGCGUUGCUUGUUCACGAAUGGCCGUUUCGUCGAUCUCCUGUUGCAAACCGGUGUAAGUCGCUAUCUGGAAUUUCAAACGCUGAAGGGGAACUUGUCGCUGUGGGAUAGAGGAAGCAACUCAAACUCUACUACGAGUUCAACAACCGGUGCGACCAAAGCCAGUAGCAUAGAAGCAAAAGGCAUUACCACAGGCAGUGGACCCUCUAGCUCUAGCUCGUCCUCUUCUAGUUCGUCCUUUCUUCGAGUGCCAUGCUCGAAAGCUGGCAUUUUUCAGAGCAAGAAAUUGUCGCUCACAGAGAAACGCAGUCUCAUGAAGUUUUUGAACCAAGCGAGUUCCUCUGCGUUUCAGUCUGAAGCAAAACUUGGGAAGGACAAGCAUGAACACGCGAAAGCUGAUAAUGUUAGUCAUGGUUCAGAAGAAGCAACUAGUACUACUUCGUUUGCAUCCUUUCUCCGCGAGAGCACGACUUUGUCAGCGAGACUUCAGCAGUACAUAAUACACAUCGUUUGUAUGGAUCAGGGUCCUGCCAGUGCUCCUUCCGAUACAAGAAGAACAAGAAGCACAGCUGCAAUCAUGUCACGAGAAGACGGUUUGCGCAGGUUGCAUCGCUUCGCUGAAGCCAUUAGCCUCUUUGGAACCGAGUCACCCUUUCUAUACCCAAUGUAUGGAACGUCCGACGUGGGUCAGGCCUGGACACGCAUGGGAGCUUUGCACGAAGUCACUUUUGCGCUUGAAAUAGGGGUUGAGAGGCUGCUGUUUACACCAAAGAGCAAGGAAGAAGGAGAUGAAGAGCGAUUCUUCGGUAUCCUGGCGACAAAUGGGGACGAAGUGCGUUGCAAAGCGCUUAUUGCGGGGCUGGAAUUGACCAUCGCUGCGGAAGAAGAGAGUAGAACAAUAUCUUCACUGGCAACCCGAGAAGCAUGUCAAAUUUUUGGCUCUUCCACUUUCCCCUCUACUACAUCCGCCAGUACUGGAGAAUCUUACACUCUACGGUUGACGUGGAUAAUACGUGGCGCGCCUCUGUUAGAAAAUCCUGGAUUUGGUUUCUGCGUUAUACCACCAAGAGAUAGAGAAGGUGACCCCGACUCUACCCCUAUCCAAGUUCUUCAACUGGACGCAGCAUCGGGGGUCGUUCCUGAAGGAUAUUUUGCUAUUUUUGCUGCUCAACAGUUUGCCUUGGGAACUACAGGAACAACAGGAGAAGAUCGCAAUAGAGAUUGUGUUGACUUGGAAACUGCACUAUGCGCUAUGGAGGAACAGGUGAAAGAACUGUUGCCUCCUUCGGCUUCCUCAUCGUGCUGCAAGGACGAAGAGAGAAAUCAAGAUGAUGUUGAAAGGGUACUACAGGUAUUGCUGCGGAUGCGAUAUGCACAGCGAACAACUUCUGGUUCUUUCUCAGCGAGUACUGCAAACGCUUCCGUGCCGUUUUUCCAGAUGUCUUUGCCUUCAGAGCUCUUCAUCCUUGAGAAGGAAGCGGAGGGAGCUGAGCGUGCUUUUCGAGACGUGAUGCAUAUUUUGGAGGAUGGAAACACUGAAGCAGCUGAGUCGGCACUAUUUCUACAGAAACCAAAGUAUGUUGCAGAGAGAGAAGACCAGCAAAGAGCGGAAGCAGAAACAGAAUACAAACAUAUUUUAGGAGAUGUGGAAGAAGCAUUGGUGGACGUCGUGGAGGAGAAGAUUAUAGGUGUAGAUGAUGGGACUCAGAACAAAGUAGUAGAGGUUCCUCCUACAUGUUCAAACACAGAACAAAGUAGUAGAGGUCUCAGAACAGAGGUGUAGAUGAUGGGACUCAGAACCAAGUUGUAGUAGAGGUUCCGCAGGGUCCUACAUCUGCUGAGCACAACGACACUGGCACAGAGAACAUCACUGACGCUUCCUCAUCAUGACUGUGAUUUUCUUUCUACAACUUAGACCCUUUGGUAGAAUCAUUUUUCUUUUCGUCCUCCCAACGACCUCUCCUUUUAGAAUCAUU